GGGAGUGUUUGCGCUCUUUUCUGUGUUUCAGGUCGCGCUGCUCUCGGCCCUAUUGUUGCCUCAUUGGCUGGUGUGGCUGGGAGCGCCUCUCCUGAUUGGCGGGGUGGGGGGAAGUAGGUGGGGCUGGUACCGCCCUGCGGACGCCAUAGAGUGAGGAGCGGGAGCUGCGCUGCUGUGGGCGAGAGCCGCCAGACAUUGCUGCAAUGGGGUACAUCUUUGAAAAAUUGUUCAAAAACCUCUUUGGAAAGAAAGAAAUGCGAAUUCUAAUGGUAGGUUUGGAUGCAGCAGGGAAAACCACCAUCCUUUACAAGCUUAAGCUGGGGGAGAUUGUGACCACUAUUCCAACAAUAGGUUUCAAUGUCGAGACAGUUGAAUACAAAAAUAUAAGUUUCACAGUCUGGGAUGUUGGUGGCCAGGACAAAAUCAGACCGCUCUGGCGCCACUACUUCCAGAACACUCAAGGUUUAAUCUUUGUUGUGGACAGCAAUGACAGAGAGAGGGUAAAUGAAGCCCGAGAAGAACUCACCAGAAUGUUAGCAGAAGAUGAGUUGCGGGAUGCUGUGUUACUAGUGUUUGUCAACAAACAGGAUCUUCCUAAUGCUAUGAAUGCUGCGGAGAUCACAGACAAACUUGGCUUGCAUUCCCUUCGUCAGAGAAACUGGUACAUCCAAGCAACGUGUGCCACCAGCGGAGAUGGGCUUUAUGAGGGUUUGGAUUGGCUCUCCAACCAGCUCAAAAACCAGAAAUGAUCCAUUUGUGGCAUAUCUUAGCAAAGUGAGCCCUGCUCUGCUGUUUGCAAGAAUGCAUGUACGGAUGUAUGCAUGGAUCUGAAAAUGGGAGCAGCUUUUCUCACACUGUGCCUUAAACAUGCUAUAAAAUGAAACCAACUGUAUUGUAUUUUAAACACUACCUUCCAUAGCAAUGUAGCAUUCUUCCACCAGCAAGGGGAAACUUGAAGGAUAUCAUGGUACUUGAUCAGAAAAAGGAACUUGGUCAGUUGGAGGGGGGAAAAACCUGUUGUGUAAAAUCUGAAUUCUAGUUUAAUAGUGUUGUGUGUUCUACACCUCCUCUGUGUAGCCUGUUUGUAGCACAGUUUGAUUCCUUUCAGUCACUUUUGAGGAGAAAUGUAGCUUUUAAUAGCCCUGACUAACGUCCUAGAACUGUAUAAACCAGCAUGCUACUUGCUAUUGCACACCCUGAGCAAAAGUGUUCUUGUAGUGUAAGAUGUUUCCUGUUGAGACUGAUCACCAGUCCAGACCAUUUUGUGUUCCCUAGUGGAGCUGGUCUAACCUGUUCUCCCAUAUAUAACAUACCUCAUUGUCAAUGUUGUUAGGGGUUGUUUGGACCAAAGCUUCAUCAACCCCAUCCACAGAUUCUUUCUAUAGCUAAUCCAUUUGCCAUCCCAGUAGAAAAGUCGGCUGGGCAAUGAGCACUUUAAAGGGGCUGCUAUAAGAUGGCCAGAACGAAGCUUG